AUAUAUAUGAAAGUGAAAACUGCGAGUCAUAAUCCAUCUAAUGAGUGUUGGGUCUGCUUCGACAGUAGAGAUGAUUAUCCUCAGGCUGAUAAGAGAUACACUCGUUAUCAGUGACUCGACCUGACCCUGCGGUGAUGUCAUCGCCUAGCGACCGGCCCGGACACCCUAGUUACCAGGGACCGGGCUUCUGCUAAACGAGAGCGUCUCGACGAACCUGAGCCACGCUUUCUGGAAGCUGCUGCCCACAAGACGGUCCCUGAGUGUCACGAGAAAGGACUUUGUUUUUAGUCGAAUGAUAUAAAAACAUAAUGAGGACUAUAAAAUAUUACAGCGGUGACACGCAGGCAACCUUUGCAUCCUGGUUUUUUUACAGUGAAAAUUUACACAGAUUUAGGAAGGGAGUUACACAUUAAACUGCAGCACGCACACACACACACACACACACACACACACACCCGUUUCUAGUUGGCCGUGCGAGUACAUAACCCAGCGGCGGCGCUCCCGGACACACACUCAUCAGGAUGGACACGGCCAGCGUCGCCUCCAGCGCUCAGGACCGGCCCAAGUGGGACAACAAGGUCCAGUACCUGCUGACCUGCAUCGGCUUCGCCGUGGGCCUCGGGAACGUCUGGAGAUUCCCGUACCUCUGCCAGAUCUACGGAGGAGGUGCCUUCCUGAUCCCGUACCUGAUAGCGCUGGUCUUCGAGGGGCUGCCUCUGCUGUAUCUGGAGCUGGCCAUCGGUCAGAGUCUGAGGAAGGGCAGCAUCGGUGUCUGGCACUCCAUCUCUCCUCUGCUGGGUGGAGUCGGCGUGGCGUCGAUGAUCAUCUCGUUGCUGGUGGGUUUGUUUUAUAACACCAUCCUGGCCUGGGUUCUCUGGUACUUCUUCCACUCGUUUCAGGAUCCGCUGCCAUGGAGCCAAUGCCCCAUCAAAGAGAACCGCACCGGUUACGUGGAGGAGUGUGUCGCCAGCACACCGGUCAACUACUUCUGGUACAGAGGGACGCUGAACAUCACGCGAGACAUCGAGCAGAGCGGCUCCCUGCAGUGGUGGCUCGUCCUGUGUCUGGCCUCGGCCUGGAGCAUCGUCUACAUCUGCUUCAUCCGGGGCAUCGAGACCAUCGGCAAGGCUGUGUACGUGACGGCCACCUUUCCCUACCUAGUGCUCACUAUCUUUCUAGUGAGGGCCCUUACUCUGCCUGGGGCCACAGACGGGCUUCUGUACCUCUUCACUCCAGACUGGACGCUGCUGAUGGAUCCUCAGGUGUGGCUGGACGCAGCGACGCAGAUCUUCUUCUCUCUGUCUCUGGCGUUCGGGGGUCUCAUAGCCUUCUCCAGCUACAACCCCAAAAAGAACGACUGUGAGCGGGACGCUCUGGUUGUCGGGAUCAUUAACAGCGUCACGUCUCUCUACGCUUCCAUUCCCAUCUUCGCCAUCCUGGGCUUCAAAGCCACGAGCAACUUCAACUCCUGCCUCGACAGUAACAUCCUGGAUCUGACCAACGCUUUUGAUGUUGCCGAAAAAAACAUCACGGCCGAUAACUACCACAGCUGGUUAACCCACCUGAACUCAACCGAUCCGGACAAAGUGUCCAGUCUGAACCUCAAACACUGUGAGCUGCAGAACUUUCUGGACCAGAGUGCUUCGGGGACGGGGCUGGCGUUCAUCGUGUUCACGGAGGCGGUCAUCGAGAUGCCGGGGUCUCAGGUGUGGGCCGUGCUCUUCUUCAUCAUGCUCUUCAGUCUGGGCCUGUCCUCCAUGUUUGGGAAUCUGGAGGGGGUCCUGACGCCGCUGCUGGACCUGCACCUGGUGCCCCGCUGGAUGCCCAAAGAGAUCUUCACAGGUCUGAUCUGUGUGCUGAACUUCCUCGUGGCGCUGAUCUUUACUCUGGGAUCUGGCAACUACUGGCUGGAGAUCUUCAACAGUUACGUGGGCUCCAUCCCGCUCCUCGUCAUCGCCUUCUGUGAGAUCAUCGGCGUCGUCUUCUUCUACGGCAUGAACCGGUUCGGGGAUGAUAUCGAGAGCAUGACGGGCCGCCGGCCGAACCUGUUCUGGCGUGUGUGCUGGAUGGGCAUCAGUCCCAUCAUGCUGCUGGUGGUCCUGGUGGCGUACGUCGUGGUCCAGGUCCAGAAACACCCCACGUAUCCUGCCUGGAACCCAGAUUACGAGAACUUCCCGGAGACGGAGACGAAGCCGUACUCAGACUGGGUGUUUUCCAUCUGUGUCCUGCUGAGCGUCGUUCCCGUUCUCUCCAUCCCCAUCGUGGCCAUUUACAGACUGAUCCGACGACAAACACGGCCUCAGACCGGCAGCAGUCUCCCGAACCCCUACGACAACCAGGCCUUCAAGGAGCUCUGAGACGCUUCCCAUCAUUCCCUGCACCAACAUUUCCUUCAGGAACAAACUCUGAACCCUGUUCUGAAAAAAUCUGAAAUUUUAUGACUGCAUCUUGAUAACUUUUUUUUUGUUCUUAAAUAGAUAAUUUAUAUAUAUAUAUAUAUACACACACACACACACACACAUUUCCUUCAGUAAUCUAAACUCAGAAAUGUAAUAAAACUUCACUGCAUUUUUAUAUCCUUAUAAUAUUAUUGAAAAAAUACAUUUUUGUUUUUAAUAUAGCAGAAAAGUAGAUCAUUUUCCCCCUGUCCGUUUACCUGUUUUAUUUCUGUAUAAAGUGCUGCUGUAUGAAAAGCUAUAAUAUUGUAAAAUAUUUUUACUAUUUAAAACAACUGCCUUCUAUUUGAAUAUAUUUUAAAAUAGAAUUUAUUUCUGUGAAGCGCAGCUGAAUUUUCAGCAUCAUUACUCCAGUCUUCAAUCACAUGAUCCUUUAGAAAUCAUUCUAAUAUACUGGUUUACUGCUCAAGAAACAUGAUUAUCAUUAUUUUCAAUGUUUCAAAUGGCGCAGUAAUUCUCUAAAAAAAAGAUCAGCACUUAUCUGAAAUAAAAGCUUUUCAUACACUGUACCAUUCUAAAGUAUCAUAGAAACUGAUAAGUUUAUUAAGCAAGGAUGCUUUAAAUUGAUCCAAAGUGAUGAAAAAAAAUCUGUUUCAGAUCAAUUCUGUUCAUCUGAACUUAAAAAAAACCUGCAAAAAUACUACUCGGCUGUUUUCAACAUCAUCAUUUUUUUUUUUCUGAGCAGCAAAUCAGAAUAUUAGAAGGAUUUGUGAAGAAUCACAGAGUAGCUAAAAACUCCGCUUUGAAAUCACAGAAAUCAAGAGUUACUGAUUUCAAAUGACACGACGACAACUCCUUUACUCAUUUUGAGUAUAUAUUCUGAUUACUUUUUAAAAUCAAACUUCUUUUAAACUUAAAAAGUGAACGUACAAUAGUCCAUAAAAUCAAUGAAUCUGUGCACUAAAAACAUGCAACUUUAACCUUUAUUAUGAGCACAAUAAUAUUCAGAUUACAUUUAACAUCAGGCAUAUAUUGACUCUUUACAGACUCACUGUGAGACAAACGAGAUUGUUUAUUAUAUUCCUCAUUUAGUCACACAUUACAAACGUCAGUGAGUUUCCAUUGACUGAACGCAGUGAGAGAAACUGAUCUGAGCCGUGUUUUCUCACUGAUUCAGUUAGUCAGUAACCAGAAUAACCAGCAGAAGUAUUUACAGCCGUG